ACCUGCUGCCAGUCUGAAAGGGUUGGGGGAAUGUACAAGUCAAAGAUCCCUCAGGCCCAGAACCAGGUCAGUGUCAAGGUCACUCCCAAGAACACUGAGCUGAAAACAGCGGAAGAGCCCAGCCCGAGUCUUGGGCAGACCUUGGAGUGGCUGAGAAAGGAGCUGUCUGAGAUGCAGAUUCAAGAUCAGAGGCUCCUGCUCACACUGAGGCAUCUUCACAGUGUCCUGGAGGAGCUGCGUGCGGACAGCGCCCACUGGGAGGACGCCAGGUCCAGCGGAGGGACUUCCCCCAUCAGAGCUCGAGCGGGCUCCGAAGGCAGGGGCUGCCAGCCGGUUUGCUCAAGGGGUCUGGCCCAGCUCCUCCGAGGGGAAGACAGCAGACGAAGCUCUCUCCCUUAACUGGACGGAGAUGACACUGGGCUUUAACACUCUCCCCAUUAGUCUAAACUUUCACUGUGAUAUUUCAGGGGCAGAGUGUUGGAAUGGGAGUCAGAAAGCCAGGGCUCUGGGUUCAUUUCUGCCCUCAUCUGCUGUGCAUCCCUGGAUCUGUCACUCAGCUUCUCUGUGUCUCUGGUUCCUUUUCUGUCACUUGGGAUUUCUUGGUGAGGCACACAUAAGGUAUUGGAUGUGAACACACUUUUCGACUGAAAACACAAACGUGCUCUAGUGCUCUGGCAAGCACCAUGGCAGUAACCCUAUCCUUGGGAAUUUUUCACAAGGCAAUUGUUAAAACAAAGAACUAGAUGUGCAGUAAUGGUUACCAAGUGUUGCUAUGGUGAAAAUUUCAACCCCUGUGUAGUGACUUAGUGGCUGUUUUCUGUCUUCCCAGGAAGCCUUCCCAUUCCCCUUCAUCUGAUAACAUAUUAGGCCCUGUAACCACCCUGGCCAUAGGCAUGGGUAUAUUACCAGGCCUGGCCAAUGAUAUAAUUAUUCAUGGUGGCCCUAAAAAGAUGAUUGGCCCAAUGGAUGGUCAUGUGAACCAACAGAGCCAAUCACCGACCUUCCCUGAGAUUGCUACCUGGAAGCUCUUUCUAUUACACUUAGGCUGAGGCUGCUGGUGGCCAUGUUCCUACCAGGUAAAGAAGACCUGUCUGCAGUAGGAAGGAAAGAGGCUAAUCUCCAAAGAGAAGUAGAGAGAGGGCCACACAACAGAUGGACAGAGAGGAAGAGCGCUGGCUCUUUUUGGUCCCUGGUUUUAGGUCCUAGUUUUGUGAGUUACUCCUGCAUUCUUUCCAGGGACCGAAGCCAGUCAAUUUCACCCCCCACCACAGCCACACACAUCAAUUUGUUUUUGGUUAAGCUGAUUUGAGCAGUUUCCCUCAUUUGCAGCUAGAAUGGCCUUGAGGAAUAUGAUCCAGAUGUUCAAAGAAUCAAAGAGGAGAAAUCAAUAUGAAAAUGGCAUUUCAUUCAAUGAGGGUUUGUGACAACAACCUCCGUAACAGCAGGCAACCAGGCUUGUGAUACAGCAGAGACACUCAGUUGUGUGGGGUGCUGCAGUCAUAACUGAAAAAUUAUAUCUGCCUAUAAGAAAGACUAAAACAGAAAAGGUGACAAUAAAAAAGUCAUGGUGUUAAGAUGGUCUGAUGAUUGGUAGGCCUUUUUGUUUUUGAAAAUCUACCUGUAUGUUGCUAGAACAUUGUUUUUAUGGCUUUGAAAAAGUAAAUCGAUUACAUGUAGAGGCAGAGUGGAGGGGUGCAUUAUAAGUAUAAUGUUUGUAGUCAGAUCAACCUGUGAUUUUUGUAUUUGAUAAUAUAAAUGAUACCUGCUCUGUGAUGCUGGAGCUGGGUCCCUGCAAAGCACCUUUUGGUGUUACCAGCUGCUCCCUGUUAGAGUUUGUUAGGCUUUGCCAAUAUACAGCAUGGAGUUAGACUACAAGUCUAGAGGAGAGAAAAGGGGCUUGCUCCUUCUUCUUGUUUCCCUGUGGGCUUCCUGUUCCUAUGAGCAUCUCCCAGCAAUGUUUCUUCACAACAGGCAGCAAUUCCUUCAUGAAGCACCAGACUUCUCCAGGAUCCAGGUUCCAGACUCCUGGGGCCCCUUCCAGGAGCUCAGAGACAUCAGCUUCAGAUGCCAGUCCCUCCUCCCCUGAAGUGUGGGUCCCUGCCUGACCUACCUGGCCCUUUCCUGAGCUCAGAGACACCAGCCCCAGCUGAGCUGAGUUCCUUUCUCAGAUAGCUGAAUUUAAACUCCAGGGAAUUCCUCCUGUAAGUUUUAAAGUUUGAUAGUUUCUGCCUCUUUUCUUUGCUCCCUCAGCCCUGGAGAUGGCAGAUACUUGCUGCAAUUCCUACCUUAAAGUUCUUUUUAUAACCUUUCAGUCACCCAGUUAACAACUUUAUACCUUAAAUUUUCUGUGUUAAAAUAACUGGUGUGGUUUCUGUCUCCUAUCUGUCCCAGACUGACACAGCUUUUUGCUAUUAUUACCAAUUGCCACUGUAACCAUUCUUGGUUACACUGGAAAGGCUAAUGAAUGGCACCUUAUUAUUGCUGCAUGAUUAUGUUCUGAUUUGUGAAACUAUGACUAUUACACAUGGACAAGCUGAUUAGCCACUAUUAUCUUGAGAGACAUCUGCCUGGCCAUGCAAAGUAGAAAUGACAUUGCUCUCCCAUGCCCGAUGCUAAUCACUAGCACCCUCUGCCUCUCCCUGAUUUCCACAUUUGGGCCCAAAGACCAAAAACCCCUGCCAACCCCUCCAUCUCCAAUCUGGGAAGAUAGACCUAGAGCCCCAGAACCUGCCCUUCUGGUGGGAUAUUUGUUGUUCUCCAAGACCCUACAUUUGGAACCAACGUUCACUUCCUGAUCCUAGGUCAGAGAAAGCCAAAGCUGAGCCCAGAUGCUGGACAAGGAAUUGGGAUGGAAAUUACAUCUUCAGCGUUGGUCCUAGAGGUCUGGGUUGGAAAUCAUGGCCAUGCAGGACAGUGAGCACCAGAGGGAGCAUGUGGAUCAUGGUCUCAGGAAAAUCCAGGGUUUUCUCUGCUAAGGCAGCAAAAACAGGACUGCACACCUAAGCCUAGCAUCCAGGAUGAGGAGAGGAGGGGACAGAGAUGGAAAAAGGAUUCAUGAGGUCAGAAGCUAAAAAUUUAGGAGCAAGAACAGUUCAAGAUGUGAAACCUAGAGUGGGUCAGGGCAGGCAAGGCAAGGCUUACUUACACUGUGACUGAUUAGAAAUGAUCUAAUCUCUCACACCUUUACAUGAGAGCCAGCUUGCAGUCCUGGGUCAGCUGUGACACCUUACAGAGCCCAUGUGUUGUGGUGUAUAUUGAUGUGUAACAAACUGCCUCCAAACUUAAACACAGCAAUCCCUUUAUUAUUGCAACAGCCGUUUAUUAUUGUUGUAAAUUAUGUUUCCCAUAGUUCUGGGCUCAGCUGAGCGGUUCUUGGCUUUGAGUGUCUCCAAUGAUUGCAGUCAGGUGGUGGCUGCAGCUCGAUUUAUCUCAAAGGCUUAUUUGUUGCCCUCUGGCAGGUGAUGCUGGCCUUAGCUGAGGCUGUAAGUUGGAAUGCCUAUACCUGACCCUCCAGGUGGCCAGGCUUCCUCACAGCAUUGCGUCAAGGGUUGGGCUUUACUUUCCAGUCUUUCUGCAUCUUUUCAGGUCCACUCCCACUGCUAAAGAUUUUACUCUCCUGCUAUUUCUUUAAGUCGCAGUUUAUAGAGAGGGAAUCUGAUUGGUCAGCUUAACUUUUGACACCUGGACAUAUCAUAGGUUAUUGGUAUAAAGGAGGUUUAUUUUUGUCUCCCACUUCUCCUCCUUCCUCCUUCUUCUUCCGUCUCUUCUCCCUCUUUCUCCUCUUCCUCUUCAUUGUCAUCAUCAUCAUCAUGAUCAUCAUACAUAGGUAAUUAAAAGGGAGGACUUUGACAUCAGGCUGCCUAGGUUUGAAUACCAGAUCUGCGUCUUAUCAGCUCUCUAACCUUGGGCAUAUAGCAUAACUUUUCUAUGCUUCAGUUUGUUCUUCUAUAAAGUGGGGAUAAUAACAGAAAUUACCUCAUAGGACUAUUGAGCAAAUGCAAUGAGUCAACAUGUUGCUGGGACAUAAGCAGUGCUCAGUAAAUCUUAGCAAUUAUUAUUAAUAAUGACAGCUACCAUUUUAUUUUAUUUUACUGUAAGUUCUGGGAUACAAGUACAGAACGUGUAGGUUUGUUACAUAGGUAUACAUGUGCCAUGGUGGUGUACUGCACCUAUCAACCCGUCAUCUCGGUUUUAAGCCCUGCGUGCAUUAGUUAUUUGUCCUAAUACUCUCCCUCCCCUUGCCCCCCACCCCUGACCGGCUCUGAUGUAUGUUGUUCCCCUCCCCUGUGUCCAUGUGUUCUCAUUGUUCAACUCCCAGUUAUGAAUGAGAACAUGCAGUGUUUGAUUUUCUGUUCCUGUGUUAGUUUGCUGAGGAUGACGGCUUCCAGCUUCAUCCAUGUCCCUGCAAAGAACAUGAUCUCAUUCGAUUUUAUGGUUGCAUAGCACUCCACUGUGUAUAUGUACCACAUUUUCUUUAUUGUGCAUUUGGGUUGGUUCCAUUGAUGUGCAUUUGGGUUGGUUCCAUGUCUUUGCUACUGUAAAUAGUGCCGCAAUGGACAGCUACCUUUUUUUUUUUUGAGAUGGAGUUUUGCUGUUGUUGCCCAGGCUGGUGUGCAAUGGCAUGAUCUCAGCUCACCACAACCUCCACCUCCCGUGUUUAAGCGAUUCUCCUGCCUCUGCCUCCCAGGUAGCUGGGAUUACAGGCGUGCGCCACCACGCCCAGCUGAUUUUGUAUUUUUAGUAGAGACGGGGUUUCUCCAUGUUGGUCAGACUGGUUUCGAAUUCCUGACUGCAGGUGAUCCGCCUGCCUUGGCCUCCCAAAGUGCUGGGAUUACAGGCCUGAGCCACUGUGCCUGGCCAACAGCUAUCAUUUUUAAAGUCAGGAUAGUUUAGUGAUCAUAAGUACAGCCUGGAGCCUCACUGCCUGUGUCCAAAUCCCAGCUCUACAAUAUACUGAUUGUGUGCCCUUGGGCAAGUCAUUAAACUCUCUAUGCCUUGAUUUUAUCAUCUGUAGAAUGGGGAUAAUAGUAUUGCCUAUCUCCUGGGGUUUUUGUGAGGAAUAAAUGAGUUAAUACAUGGAAAACACAACCAUGUUUGUCAUCUAACAACAACUAUGUGUCAUGUAAGCUAUUCAUUAUCAUUAUCAAUCAUCUGCCCUAAAUACCAGCACCACACACGGCGCUGUAAAGAUCUUAGUGCACUGAACACACUCAACAUCUCUGCAAGGGUGAUAUUAAAUCUCCACUUUAUGGAUGAAGGAACUGAAGUUUAGUGGAGCUAAGUUGCCCCCCAAAAAAGCACAAUGAGUAAAUGGCAGCAGUGGCAUUGAAUCUCAGGCCUAUCUUCUGUCUAAGCAGGGCUCUUACUAUGAUAUGAUGUUGCUCUUCUGAUCAGCCACAGAGGGGGAGGGGUGCCAUGAAGACAGGAAGCAGUGAUGUCAGGCUCGUAGGAUCCCUGCUCCCUCCUUCUGGCAGGGUCUGGGGCAAGACAGUCUCUAAUGUGUGUGAAGGCAACUCUAGGACAACACCUCUGUUAUCUCUCCAGUAAGUAGGCAGACACAGAAUCUGGUGAUCCCAGUAAUGCACACCCAUCCCUGCUCCCAGCAUAUCUUGAGGCCCAGUUCUCUCCUGUCUCUGCCACCCUGCUUUGUUUUGCCCAAACCCUCCCCAGGUCAUGGGGACAGCUCCUAUUUCACUGGGCUGAGGUCAGUUUCACUGGAUCAAAAUCAAGAUGUUGGCCAGACUGUACUCCCUGCUGACUCUAAGAGAGAAUUCCUUCCUUGCCUCUUCCAGUUUCUCGUGGCUGCUGGCAGUCCUUGACUUAGGCUGCAUAACUUCAGUUUCUGUCUCUGUCUUCUCAUAGCCUUUUGCUCUGUGAGUGUUAAAUCUCCCUCUGUCUACCUCUUAUAAGGAAUCACAUGAUUGCAUUUAGGGCCCACCUGGCUAACCCAGGAUAAUCUCCACAUGUCAAGAUUCUUAACUUAAUCACAUCUCUAAAGACUUUCACCUGCCUUUCUUUCCAUAUAAGGUAACAUAUAAGGAUUGGGACGCGGAGAGGGAAUUUCCCUCUCAUUCCUUCUGGAAAGCAUUCUCUGGCCAAUGUGCAGGGCUAAGAAGAAUCUCACAUAGCUGCAGAUUACCCUGGUCGCUGUCAGAAGAAGAACUUAUGUUUGUUGAACACCUGCAACGCACAGGCAUUGUAACAGACCUGACCAGUGAGUACGUGUUAAUAUUUCCAUUCGACAGCGGAGAAAACUGUGACCCAAGGAAGCAAAAGCAGGACAGUUACAAACAGAUGAAACUGAAGGUUCAAAGUUGGGCUUCUGACAAACGUGUUGAGAUUUCGUACGUGCGCCAUCGAAGACUAGGGUAAUUACGCUGUGUGUGGGCGCCACCUAGUGUCCAUACAGAGCAAUUCUUCCGUGAAUCAGCCCGUUCCGGGUUGCAGGAUUGGCUCACGCACUAUCAGCUUUCCCGUUGUGGCACAUCUUACUGGGAGGGCCAUGGACCGAGAGGCUUUCUGGCCCCAGAGAUCUGCGUUUGAACUUUAGCUCUGCCGUUGACAGAGUGAUCUGGGGCCUCCUUCUCUGAUCCUUCACUUAUCCUUAACUCUAAAGUAAAAAUGACACCUCUCAGAGCUGUGGAGAGGAUGUUGGAAAGUGCUUUGUAACAAACUGGGAAUAACUGGAGAGAAUGGAAAGAAACAUUGUCUGCAGUUGACCAGGCUUGGAUUCAUGUUAAAAAAUACUUAAUGUGCACCUGCUGUGUGUCAGGCACUGUUCUGGAUGUGGGAAUGUCGCAACAAAUAAAACAGACAAAAUUUA